UAGAAAAUGUAAUAAUAAUGUCAGUAUCAUGGAUUCCCACGCAUUGAUUAAGUUGUGUGGGCGUAAGAUUAAUGUAGUAGGCGGAGUCUAUUUUUAAAGGCGGGAAGAUGUCGGCAAACAACAACUCUGGAGCAGGCAAGGGAUUGCCUCUUGCCAGGAAACGAGCUAAUAGGAGAUCAUCAAUAUUGAAGCCCUCAAAGUCAGAUGCCCUCUCUUCAUCUAUAUUGGCAGAUAAAAGAGGACAGAUGGAAAAGAGAAGAGUUAGCUUUAAUCAGAAUAUCCUCGUCAAGGAGUUUGCUAAACAAAAGGAGAAGAAACAGAAUGACUCUGUCGAAUCUUCGGGUUCAGAGACUUCGGCCACUAAUCUCUCUAAAGUGUAUGAGACCCAAGCCAACGAGUCCUUCUUCCAAAUCUCCACUCCAACCAUCGGAGCUAAGAAGAGACGCAUCACUGGGCUACCUGACCGACUCUCCAUCAUUCCUCAAGCAUAUAAACCAGACCUGGAGGACGACCUUGAGUUUGAG